AUGGGUAACCGUUCCUCUGGUCUUGAUAAUGCAACAUUGGAAAUGCUUGAAAAAAAGACUAAAAUGUCUCAAAAGGAAAUAAAAGAAUGGCACAAACGAUUUAGUAAACAGUUUCCUGAUGGGAGGAUGAACAGAAGACAAUUUGCCAACGUGUACGCUGAAUUCUUUCCUACUGGCAACUCUGAUGCAUUUGCAGAUAUUGUUUUCAGAAGCUUUGACACGAACUCAGAUGGUGCUGUUAAUUUCGCAGAGUUUACAUGUGCUUUGGGUGUCAUUAAUAAUGGGUCUGUGGAUGACAAAAUUAAUUGGGCUUUCGAUUUGUAUGAUCAGGACAAAAAUGGAAUCAUUACUCUGGACGAAUUAACAGUUAUGCUUGAGGCGCUCUAUAAGCUUGUGGGUGUCAUUGAUACGAGCCAGUUACCGCCCGGUCACAUGACUCCAGCACAGCAUGCAGCCGCCAUUUUCGAGAAACUGGAUGUCAACAAAGACGGCACUUUAUCUCGAGAGGAAUUCAUACGUGGGACCAGUGGGGACCAAAAUGUUAUGUCUAUGCUUAAAUUCACCGAACCCUGA